AUGAGGCCAGGAGCAGGGUUCAAUGCGACGGCAGCGGCGGCGGUCGCACCAGCGGUCGCCGGCAGCGCCGCCGCGCAUUCCGCAUGGCACUCGCCGGUGCCGUACCUCUUCGGCGGGCUGGCCGCGAUGCUGGGCCUCAUCGCCUUCGCGCUCCUCAUCCUCGCGUGCUCCUACUGGAAGCUCUCCGGGUACCUGGAGGGCGGCGCUGGCCGGGGCGACGAGGACGGGUCCGGCGCCGACGGCGCCAAGCCAGCGGCCUCGGACCUGCCGCCGCCGAUAUGGGAGGAGAAGAUACUGGUGAUCAUGGCCGGGGAUGUGAAGCCGACGUACCUGGCCACGCCCAUGUCGAGCAGGGCGUCCUCCUUUGGAGACCGCAGCAGCAAGGGUGACGAGGAGGAGAACAACAAGAAGGUGCAAGAAGUCGCCAUGGCCAGCGUCAAGGAUGCCGAGCAGAAUGGUGAGCACAGUGAGAGCCGGAGAGAAAGAGAGGAGCACCACAUUCCUGAGGUGUGA